GUCUGUCACAACGGUUUCGCGCAUCGCAUCGAUGGGAACGAGCGGUCUGCAGCUCUAGCUCGGCCAGUGCUGUUUUGCUUUUCGCGCGCGCACUUGUUAUAUACACCGUAUCUAGUGCACCCGCACCUGAUAUCAGUCACGGCUCGUUGAAUCACCGGCGCACGGUAAACCACGGCUACUUCCGCUGUUCCGCGCGUAUCAUCGCCCAAAAGCGUCGUCGUCGUUGUCCGUCUUUACGCUCGAAAACAAGGGAAUGUAAUAAUUGCUACGAUUGAAUUACAAUUUCUAAAAAGUGUUAAAGCUGAAGUAGUUAGCAAAAGGGAAACAAACUCGUUCAAAACAGUUGAAUCAAUCCAUGGUAUUCAGUACGUGAGGUGAACAAAACCCGGCUCAGGCUUUUCGGGGUUCGAAUCAAUUUGAGAAUCCGAAAAUUUACGUCUUCCUGAACACCUGCGGAUGUAGCUUACCUUUUUUAUAGUGACUCAAGUCCUGCAAGAUCCGGAGAAGAAUAGUGACCAAAUUGCGAACAAAAGAAUAUAAGGACAAAAGGGGAAUGCAGGACCGGAAGCAUUUCUUCCUUUUCUGGAACGGAACUAAUUGUAUUGUAAUUGGUAGGUCGGCUCUGCAUCGGAAGUUGUGCUGAACAAAAAGAAACCAACGGACAAGUGAUUCGGCUGGAGCUGGACCAGAAAAAAAUCCCACGGAUAAAAGCACCUUUCCUGAACUGUUGGUACAGAAGUGUAAAAUAAACGCAAAGCGGAGAUGAGUAGACAUGUGAUGAAAUCUUCGACGAACAAGCCGAGGGGCGCAUGUGAAUAAACAAAUGAAGAUUGAGAAGUGUUGUGUGUGAUGUAAACAAAGGAGGCUACGCGUAGAGUAGUAGCGAGGGAAAACGAAGAAAAUUGGAGCAAUGUUUAAAAGAUCAUUAGUUUUCUGAGAGCAUAAGAACACUCGGUUUCUUAACACCCCUCAUCGCGCACACCAUAAACCCGAACACGAUGAUAUAUAGUUACCGAGUGGUGAACAUGGUUAUACAAAAAAAAAACAACAACCCAACAUCAUGAACCGCACGGAUGUUUUAAUUAAAUUUUGAUGAUAUGAGAUCUUUUCUUAUGCCUCGUCCGCUUGGCCCUUCAGAAGCUGGCGGACUUAAUCGAAACUGACAUAAUUAGUUGCAAUUAAUACCGCGAGCGCGAAAAACUGACUUGCGGCUUCGCUUUGGCACGCUAUUGGCAAAGGGAUCGUGGCACGUUCGUUAUAGCGCCGUCGUACGCUCCAAUUGAACUCGUUUUGAAAAAGGAUUGAGGGGAUUUUUUCGAUGGGGAAGAUGAUUGCAUUCUCAAAAAGGAAGGCACAACGCUGGCGCUUCUGUUUACUAUGUUGGUUGCUCGUGCCAGGCGUCUUCUGGCGGUAAAUGCCAUGGUCAAAUAUUUGGUGAAGGGUAGUUUAUCUAUCUAACGCGCGAUUUUUUUUAUCUUAUCUUUGCAAGUUGCCGAUUAUAUUUAUGUAUCGAUUGAAGGCACUUACCAAUUCUGAAAUAUAUUUAUUCAUAUACAAACCGCUGUGGAACACGCGUAGACAGGUGAUAAUGAAAGCUUUGAGUGCUAAUCUAUUUGCUGCUAAUGCGAAUUAAAUGCAGAUCGAUUUCCACCUGUUUGCCUUUCAAUGCUCAAUUACUAUUAUGCAUACAUUUUAGUCAUGCAAGCUGUUUCCAUCUAUUAUGAAAACUUAUGUCAUCGUUCCGAACCUAUUUCUGCAAAUUUCUGUACUGCUUAUCAUUUAUUGAUAACAACCUCAUGCAAGAUACUGCAAAUUGCUACGGCUUUCACACCAUUCCACAAAUCAGUUACAUUCAACCUGUUGUGUCGGUCACGUUCGAUUCGAGGUGCUGUUUUCGGUUCUGCCUAACACCGUACCCAAUUCACGCACCUCAUAUGUGACUGAACGAAAAAGUUCAGGAUUAGGUACUCCUAUCAAAGUAAAGCAAUUCCGGAGCGUUCACUUUUCAAACAGCAGCUCCCUGCAUCGAAUCGCUCGCAAGCUGUCAUCGAGAACGGUUGUGUAUAUCCGCAUCAGGUUUCCAUACUCGGUAGCAAUAAACCCAAAAAUAUGCUCUCAAAAAUUCCUCCAUAGGAAUCAAUUCCCCUCCGAUUGCGCAGUUGGAGAAGUCAAACGUAAUAGACCAUCAAACAAACCCUCGAAAUAAACUAUAUCAUUCUGGCUGGUAUCAAGUGGAACAACGCCUCUCCCAGUGCUUGUGUUGACAAAAUUCAAAUUAAAGUGUGUUCAGUCAUCGUCGGAAGUGGCAGCAGACGCGGCGGAUAAAAACCAUAGUGCCUUCGUUGCCGUUGCCAUCGCCACCACCGCCGUCGUCGUCGCCUUCUGUGUACUGUAGUGUAGAACAAUGUUGUUUGACAAGCUACGGGCAACAACGACCACCGGCCAUUACUAUUCAGCAACCGUGCCGUCAGUGGCGAAACGAAAGUGUGAACUGCGAACAAAACCAUCAGCGUCAUCCGAAAAUGUACAAUAGCAGCAACCAUACCGGGGAAACCGUUAGUGAUGGACACCGAAACGACGAGGCCACCACGAGCGAUACGGAUGGUGCCAAUAAUCGACCGGAGUUCCAGUGUGAUUGUGUCUGCUCGUGCUGUUGUCAGUGCUAUCCGACCGAAAAUGGAACCCCGAAGGAGGUCACUGUCGCUGAUCAGAGUGCAUUUAUUAGCAGCAACAAUGAUGUGUUCAAUACUCGUCGCCUCCCUCUAUCGCAGGAUCCGAUUGUUCGACGUCUGCGACGAAAACGGCGCGGUAAAUCGGGCAACAUCGAGCAGUUGCUUGCGGCCAGAACUGAUAACUCCAGUCUAAUAAUUGACUCGCAAAAUCGUCGAAACUCAGCCUACUGUGUGUGCCGACUAGAGAUUAAAAUCGUAUGGUAUGAGCUGUCGCAGGAUCUGUUGGACAAGCAGAUCGAACUGUUGGAGCGCAAGUACGGUGGCGUCAAAGCCCGCAACGCGGCUCUCACAAUCCAGCGUGCCUUCCGGCACUACACCAUGGUAAAGAAGUUUGCCUCCAUUACAGCGAUGGCCAAGGCAGAGAAGCGCAUGAGCCGGCGGGUUCAGCACCAGCAACAACAGCAACAGCAGCAGCAACAGGCAGAGCUGGAAAUGAUGCAGCAACAGCAACUGCAGGGCCAUCUACCGGAGGGUGCGGAAAUGUACGACGAUGGUAGCCUCGGCGGACAGCGGGUUUGUGCCACAAUCUCCGCGACCCCACCGGGAACGCUACACCACCGAGUGACCCCGGUACGCAGUAUGUCACUCCGGGAACGCCGCCUCGACUCCAGCCCGAUCCCGCGUAGCCAAUCCGGAACCGCCUCGCCUGCCCCUCCCUCCAACAACUCCUGGUCCCAGGGUCAGAUGGUUACAACGGUUUCGGCCGGUAACCAACAGCAGCAGUACUCCCACCCACAUGUAAAUAUUUUGCACCAGCAGCAACAAAACUAUUACAACAGCACAGUGUCCCCGUCGCCCCACCAACAGGUGUACCAAAGCCAGUACGGAUCGCAAGAUUUGAACAUUAGCGGCGGAAGUUCCGUACUAGAUUCGACCAUAUCGUCGAUGAACCUUUCCUGGAACUCUGGUUCCGGAACGGCGAUCGUUGCGACCGCUGGCAGUGUACACCAUAGCCCGUACACACCCCACUACACAGCCGCUCAGAUCUACAUGCGUCCACGGGGCGUUGGUAUCGGAAGCUCCGGUGGUAGCUCGGGAUCGGCGGCCAGUAGUUGCAGUGCCAGUCGUAAAGUGCCACCCGAAGUACCAAAGAGAACGUCGAGUAUCACAUCCGCACAGCACACUCCCAACCGGUCAUUGAGGCCUAACGGACUUUGUAAGACGGCCGAGAACGGAUCGCUUAGCUCGGUCCAGUCAUCGGGCAGUGACUCGUCGGCAUCGGCUGAGCGAAUACAGGGCGUCGGCGAACUGGGAUCUGAUCGAUCCAGCUCACCACAGUGGAAACGGAAAGGCCCUGGUAGCAGCAGUGGAAGCGCAAGCGGAAUUCAAAUGACGGCCCAGAGUCCCGAUCACAUGAUAGGUGCUACCGGUGGUGUGGGUGUUGGUCCAGCUGGAAACGUCAAUGUAACGAUUAGCAGCAUGGAAAAUGAGUGUUUGAGUUCGCACACCAGCGCUGCACAGUACUCGAUGGAGCAGCACGAUCAGAUCGUUCACACACCCACCAGCUACAAGGUGUCGGAGACCAUCCGGAAGCGACAGUACCGGGUGGGAUUGAAUCUGUUCAACAAGAAGCCGGAGAAGGGUAUUACCUAUCUCAUUCGCAAAGGCUUCCUCGAAAACACCCCACAGGGUGUCGCACGUUUCCUUAUUUCGCGCAAGGGUCUUUCGCGACAAAUGAUUGGCGAAUAUCUCGGCAAUCUGCAGAACCAAUUCAACAUGGCUGUACUGGACUGCUUCGCUGGCGAGCUGGAUCUCUCCGGAAUGCAGGUGGAUGUUGCACUGCGCAAAUUCCAAGGCUACUUCCGAAUGCCGGGCGAAGCGCAGAAAAUCGAACGACUGAUGGAGGUGUUCUCCGCUCGCUACUGCCAGUGCAAUACUGAUAUUGUGGCCCGGCUACGUUCGCAUGAUACCGUGUUCGUGUUGGCAUUCGCCAUCAUCAUGCUCAACACGGAUCUGCACACACCGAACCUGAAGCCAGAACGACGAAUGCGAUGUGAUGAUUUUAUCAAGAACCUGCGAGGAAUUGAUGACUGCCACGACAUCGAUCGGGACAUGCUGACGGGAAUCUACGAGCGGGUGAAGGCGAACGAGUUCAAACCUGGCUCGGAUCACGUGACGCAGGUCAUGAAGGUACAGGCUACCAUCGUGGGCAAGAAACCAAAUCUGGCCUUGCCCCAUCGACGGCUAGUGUGCUAUUGUCGACUCUAUGAGAUACCGGACAUCAACAAGAAGGAACGACCUGGCGUACAUCAACGCGAAGUGUUCCUUUUCAACGAUUUGCUCGUGAUUACUAAGAUAUUCAGCAAGAAGAAGAGCUCGGUUACGUAUACGUUCCGGAAUAGUUUCCCACUGUGCGGCAUGGUCGUCACGCUGCUGGAUGUGCCAAACUACCCGUACUGCAUCCGGUUGUCGCAGAAGGUUGACGGCAAAGUGCUGGUCACGUUCAACGCCCGCAACGAGCACGACCGGUGCAAGUUUGCGGAGGAUCUGCGCGAAUCGAUCAGUGAGAUGGAUGAAAUGGAAACGCUCCGUAUCGAGGCGGAACUCGAAAGGCAAAAAUCUGCCCGCGGCCAACGAAGCGGCAACAGUGAGAAUCGGGACAGUGGCGUGGCGGACGUGGAGGUUUGCGCCGGUCAGUACCAUAAUCAUCAUCUGCAUCAGGGUAACGGUGGUCCAAACGGGGCCGGAGUCGGAGGCGGCGGUGUCUCACCUAGCGAAUGCGGAAUUGCACACACACAUAGCGAAGCACAGUUGAAGCGAAGCGCUCUUAGCAAUUCACUUUUAGAUAUGCACGAACAAUUUGGCAAUGAGAAGCCCCAGCGACGCGGUAGUGUUGGCUCGUUAGAUAGUGGAAUGUCAAUCUCAUUUCAAUCCACCUCCGCAAGCACUGGUUCACGUAGCGACAUCAAGGUUCGUAUGCUGCCCCAUAGCAACACAUCCGGUCAGAUCAUAAUGCAUGCCGGUCAGCAUCCCACCGCCCUGAUGGGUGCCAUCUACCAUCAGCAAAUUUUGCAACAACCACAACCACCAUCGGUUGUGCAGUCGCCACAAAUCGCAGCAGUUCCGGCAAACCAGUUGACGCCAGCACCGCCACAGCAAACACGGCGGGAGCGUAAACUGUCCCGGUCAGAAGACGGGGCGACACUGGUAGCUGCUAGUGCAGGUGCCGCUACCGGAGCUCCCACCGGUACCAACUUCGGACGCUCAACGGAAGUCUAAAGGCAACCGGAAGGUCCGAUGCGAUCAAAUUGUAAAUACAUGUACUGCAACCAGCAAACAUUAGCAGAGACACAAACCAAAUCAUUUGCUCUAGUGUAUGUGUUUUUUUCCCUUUGAAGGAUUGAUUGUAUAACCAAACGCAUAAAUUAGUACUAUCCGCUAAAAGAAGAAGAAAAAUACAUGCAAAUUUAGGUUCCCGUUCAUAAUUAUUGUACCCCAACAAAUAAACGAUAAAAUAGACUCGUUAGAAGUUUAAAUUCAGGACACAAAACAAGUGAUUGAUGAUUAAACAAUGAUAAUUACACAAUUCGCAAUAGCAAUAAGCUGUUUGUCCCAAUACAGCCCAAACUCCCCUAUUUCCUACUUCUUAACUAGUUGAGUAGGGAUACUGUGUAAAUAGUUAGGUUUCGUUUCCCUGAAAACCGCGUCUCCGUUCUGUCCCAUUCUAUCCUUAACAAUUCCUAAAAUUGUAGCUAAUGUAAUUUGCAUUAUCGAUAAGUGAAAAAAGAAAUAAUUACAAAUUAAUGUAUAAUGAGUACAUAAUUACAAUAAAAGAAGAACCGAUGGAGAGAAAAACCAUAAACAAUAACGUCUUUGAUUGAGUGAAGUUAAAAUUUGUGGUGGGAAUAAGCCAUGCGCCAAUCGCUGAUUUAUUUUUGUAUCAUAUUAACCGUAAAAUUUACCGAUUCUACAUAACUAUAUCGCCGCGUGAAGCAGCCAAGGAUUUUUUGCGAGAAAGGAAAAUGUGUAAUUAUCUUUUGUGUAUUUUUUGGGGAUUUAAAGUUUCAUUUGUGCUACAAACAAGCAAACUGUGAAAAAUCAUGGAUUUGAAAAGACCUCUAGACGAUACUGACGCGGGAAACAAAAUAGCGGAUUGGUUAGCACUAAACAUUAACUGUAGGCUAGGAUUAAUGUGGCAUCUACAAAAAAAAAUUGCGAAAGCUCGAGUAAGUAAGCGGAAGGAAACAGAAAAAUAAUCUAGUCCAGUUCGAUAAACGUAGUAAUUUGACUUAUUCAAACAAAAAAAAAUCAUGAAAGCAAAAUAAUAUAUUCGUAAACCAUAAGAAAGACGACAGCAACAAAACACGAAUACACACUCACAAAUAAACGAAUGAACACUCGCCGCAACCCAAUAGGGGGGCGGAAGCAAAUUUACCACUACAAGCAGCAACAUUCUAAUAGUAUAAAGAAUUCUCAUCCGAUGGUUAUACAAGCAGUUUAAAAAACCAAUAAUUACAGUUAGCAGCAGUAAAACAAAAUCUGUAAAUCCCGGUCCCUGGUUGUCCCCGUCCUUCCCGUUUACAAAUCUGUGGAUAGUUAUAAUCGAACCUGUGGAAUAUGCAAACAAACCAUAUUUCCGUAAACCAAUUUAACAGAACAAUAAAUAAUCGAAAAAUGCAAUGUA